AUGGUUCUUCACAUUGAGGACCAGGUUCUUCUCUCUGAGGACAAGGUUCUUCACGCUGAGGACAAGGUUCUUCACCCGGAGGACAAAGUUCUUAACACUGAGGACAAGGUUAUUCACUCUGAGGACAAGGUACUUCACUCUCAGGACAAGGUUCUUCAAUCUGAGGAGAAGAUUGCUCACACUGAAGACGAGGUUCCUGACUCUGACGACAAGCUAUCUCACUGAGGACGAGGUGCCUCAAUUUGAGGACAAGUUUAUUCAGUCUGAGGACAAGGUUCUUUACUCAGAGAACAAGGCUCUUCACUCUGAGGACAAGUUUCCUCACACUGUGGACAAGGUUGCUCACUCUGAGGACAAGGUUCUUCACUCUGCGGACAAGGUUCCACUCUCUGAGGACAAAGUUCUGCACUAAGAGGACAAUGUUCUUCACUCUGAGGACAAAGUUCUUCACGCUGAGGACAAAGUUUUUCACCCUGAGGACAAGGUUCCUCACUUUGAGGACAAGGUUAUUUUAAACUCUGAGGACAAGGUCCUUCACUCUGAGGACAAGGUUCUUCACGCUGAGGCAUAGGUUUCUCACACUGUGGACAAGGUUCCUCACUUUGAGGACAAGGUUCUCCACUCUGACGACAAAGCUCUUCACUCUGUGGACAAGGUUCUUCACUCAGAGGACAAAGUUCUUCACUCUGCGGACAAGGUUCACCACUCUGAGGACAAGGUUCCUCACUCUGAGGACAAGGUUCUUCAAUCUGAGGACAAGUUUCCUCACUUUGAGCACAAAGUUAUUUAAACUCUGAGGACCAAGUUCUUCAUUCUGAGGACAAGGUUCUUCACUCUGCGGACAAGGUUCCUCACUCUGAGGACAAGGUUCUUCACUAUCAGGACAAGGUUCCUCACUCUGAGGACAUGGUUCUUCACUCUGAGGACAAGGUUCUUCACUCUGAGGACAAGGUUCUUUACUCUGAGGUCAAGGUUCUUCAAUCGGACGACAAGGUUUCUCACACUGUGGACAAUGUUGCUCACAUUGAGGUCAAGGUUCUUCACUCUGAGGACAAGGUUCUUCACUCUGAGGACAAGGUUCUUCACUCUGCGGACAAGGUUCCUCACUUUGAGGACAAGGUUCUUCACUCAGAGGACAAGGUUCUUCAAUCUGAGGACCAGAUUCCUCACUUUGAGGACAAGGUUAUUGAAACUCUGAGGACAACUUUCUUCACUCUGAGGACAAGGUUCUUCACUCUGCGGACAAGGUUCCUCACUAUGAGGACAUGGUUCUACACUAUGAGGACAAGGUCCUUCUCUCUGAGGACAAGGUUCUUCACGGUGAGGACGAGGUUUUUCACCCUGAGGACAACGUUCCUCACACUGAGGACAAGGUUCUUAACUCUGAGGACAAGGUUCUUCACUCUGAGGACAAGGGUCUUCACUCUGCCGACAAGGUUCCUCACUCUGAGGACAAGGUUGUUCACUAUCAGGACAACGAUCUUCACUCUGAGGACAAGUUUCUUCACCCUGAGGACAUGGUUCCUCACACUGUGGGCAAGGUUCCUCACUUUGAGGACAAGGUUCUUCACUCUGAGGACAAGGUUUUUCAAUCUGAGGUCAAGGUUCUUCAAUUUGAGGACAAGGUUUCUCACACUGUGGACAAGGUUCCUCACUUUGAGUUCAAGGUUCUUCACUCUGAGGACAAGGUUCUUCACUCUGAGGACAAGGUUCUUCACUCUGCGGACAAGGUUCCUCACUCUGAGGACAAGGUUCUUCACUCUGAGAACAAGGUUCUUCAAUUUGAGGACAAGGUUCCUCACUAUGAGGACAAGGUUGUUCACUAUCAGGACAACGAUCUUCACUCUGAGGACAAGUUUCUUCACCCUGAAGACAUGGUUCCUCACACUGUGGGCAAGGUUCCUCACUUUGACGACAAGGUUCGUUACUCUGAGGACAAGGUUCUUCACUCUGAGGUCAAGGUUCUUCAAUCGGAAGACAAGGUUUCUCACACUGUGGACAAGGUUCCUCACUUUGAGGUCAAGGUUCUUCACUCUGAGGACAAGGUUCUUCACUCUGAGGAUAAGGUUCUUCACUCUGCGGACAAGGUUCCUCACUUUGAGGACAAGGUUCUUCACUCAGAGGACAAGGUUCUUCAAUGUGAGGACAAGGUUCCUCACUUUGAGGACAAGGUUAUUGAAACUCUGAGGACAACGUUCUUCACUCUGAGGACAAGGUUCUUCACUCUGCGGACAAGGUUCCUCACACCGAGGACAAGGUUCUUCACUCUGAGGACAAGGUUCUUCACUCUGAGGACAAGGUUCUUAUCUCUCAGGACAAGGUUCUUCAAUCUGAGGACAAGGUUCCUCACACUGUGGACAAGGUUCCUCACUUUGAGGUCAAGGUUCUUCACUCUGAGGACAAGGUUCUUCACUCUGAGGACAAAGGUUCCUCACUGUGCGGACAAGGUUCCUCACUCUGA